GUCGCACGUGUUAAGGACCUAUCGUGUUUUUGGUAAACAGAAGAAGUGUUUGUUUAUUGUACCUUUUAGUGAAAUUUAAUCAUCGUUCAACAUGGUUAAAAGGCUUAGAAAGAACAGGAGGAGUUUCGAUUACAAGUGUAACCGGAAAAGGAAGGGCCAAAAGGCCCGUCAAAUUGGUAUCGUUCGAAAUCCAGAGAUUCGCCAAGCUUACAAUCCUAAAUUGGUACCUGCAGCAAACAUCGAAGAUAUGGGUCUCGCUUACGAUGUAAACAAAGCCGUUCCUAUACGAACAAUGAAGCAGCAAAUGAAGGAGAUGGCGUUCGAACUGCAGGCCAAAGCAAAAACGAUUGGUGAGGACGGUGAAGAAGAGGAGCAUGAGGAGGUUAGCACAGUACCAGAGCCUGCACCAAAGCGACGCUCGAAGCAGUACGUAGCCGAAGCACUGGAACGGGAUGCGAAGGAGUUUAGAGGCACGAGCUACCGGCUUGCAAAACCCCAGGUACGUCAGAUCACGGCCAUGAUCGACAAGCAUGGUUUCAACUACUUAGCGAUGGAGCGCGAUCGAACCAACACCAACCAGGAAACGUGGCGCCAGUUCCGGAGAAAGAUAUGGAAGUUUCUUAAGAUUACCGAGCAGUCCACGCCCUACCUGGAGCGCAAGGGUUGGCUCGACUGCGACAUGAACGAUCAGACCGACCCGCGGUGGAAGGAGUACUGUACGGACGAUGAGCUCUAGAUCAUAGUGCGUGGUUGGCAAAAAAAGGGGUUUAUAAAGUGUAUCGAAACAUAUGGCAUGAAUAAAAUCACAUUCGAUUAUGUACUAAUCAUUGACUCAACCAUCCUACAUCC